AUGAGUAGUGUAGCAUCAAAAGCUGAGAUCGAUGAAUGGAAGAGAACAAAGACCAUUGGUAUUAUAGGUCUAGGUGAUAUGGGCUUGCUAUAUGCCACCAACUUUUCAGAAAACGGUUGGAAUGUAGUGGCAUGCGAUAGAGAAGAAAUUUAUGAAGAUGUGAAGGCUAAAUAUUCCAAUUCUCGAUUCAAAGUACUACCGAACGGUCACUAUGUCUCUAGAAUCAGUGAUUAUGUCAUUUAUAGUGUUGAAACGUCUAAUAUUGCGAAAAUUGCUUCACUUUAUGGCCCAUCAACGAAACUUGGAUCUAUUGUUGGGGGUCAAACAAGUUGUAAAAAUGAUGAAAUCAAAGCUUUCGAGAAAUAUUUACCAGAAGACAUCGAGAUUAUAACGAUUCACUCUUUACAUGGUCCGAAGAUUAGCACAGAGGGCCAACCAUUGGUUCUAAUUAACCAUAAAUCGACUAAACCAGAUUCUUUCAGAUUUGUUGAGUCCUUAGUCUCCUGCUUAAAAAGCAAGCAUGUCUAUCUCACUUAUCAGGAACAUGACAGAAUUACAGCCGACACACAAGCUGUGACUCAUGCAGCUUUUCUUUCAAUGGGGGCUGCUUGGGCUGAAUUAAAAGUUUAUCCAUGGAAGUUGGACGAUAAUAAAUGGUACGGUGGCAUUGAGAACGUCAAAGUUAACAUCUCAUUGAGAAUUUAUUCAAAUAAAUGGCACGUCUAUGCGGGAUUGGCAAUCACGAAUCCACAUGCGCACCAACAGAUUUUACAAUACGCUACAAGUGCCACCGAACUAUUUACUCUCUUCUUAGACAAGGAUAAGAAACCUGAGUUGACUGAAAGAAUUAAAAAGGCUAAGGAAUUUGUAUUUGGCCACCAUAAGGGUCUAUUGCUAUUAGAUGAUUCUAUCUUGGAGAAAUUUUCGUUAUCAAAUGGUAUGACAAAUACUAGUAAGACGACAGUUCCAAAUUCUCACCUUUCGUUACUAUCGAUCGUUGAUUCUUGGUACAAAUUGAAAAUAAAUCCAUACGAUCAUAUGAUUUGUUCGACACCUCUUUUUAGAAUAUUUCUAGGUGUUACAGAGUAUCUAUUUUUAAAUGAUGAUUUAUUGAACCAAACGAUUGAUGCAGUGUACGAUAACAAAUCUUUUAGAAGAGAUGAUUUAGAAUUUAUUGUUGCAGCGAGAAAAUGGAGCUCGAUUGUUUCAUUCCAAAGUUUUGAUUUAUAUAAGAAACAAUUUGAAACCACACAAGAAUUUUUCCAACCAAUGUUUUCAGAGGCUAAUAAGAUAGGUAACGAGAUGGUAAAGACUAUCUUGAGCCAUUCUAAAUGA